UUCUGGUCCUCCGCAAGCCCACAUUGCAGGACGAGACGCCGAGCUGCUCGGCGCGUCCCAGCAUCAAGUGGAUUUAUCACUCUGGUCAAUGGAGAUCAACGGAGAUCGAUGGAGACUACACUGUCGACAUCAUGCUACGUGUUGUAUAAUCGAGCCAGGACUAGUAGUCGCCGAACCAAGGCGAGAUAGACGAGCCAAAGAAAUCGGGGUUGCCGACCUGUCUUGGAGCAAAUCAUUACCAGCCAGCCAAACGAUACCUCGUGAUGCUUCUCUGGAGCGCUCUAUGGGUGCUCGCGCUCGUCCUUGGGCUGGGCCACGCCAAGGUAGUCUACUUGCGACGGCGGGCGUACGUUGCACCGAGCGACUCGGCCUUUGGCGUGCACGAGUACCACGACGAGAAGCUUUUUGUCGUCCACGGCGGACGCUCCCAUCGUCACUUGCUAAACGCUCCAUUUGGCAGUGACGCACAUGUCGAUGGCACCCAGGACGCCCACGAACACGCACAAGCCGACGGCGUCAGCGCCUCGGACGUUGGCUUUGCCGCCGAAACAGCCGCCGACCAAAGCGACAUUUACUACGAGAAGCUCGUUGUCUUCAAGAAGAGCCACACGUCGUCGGUGGACGCCGUCGACAUGGCGGCCGCGCAGCUCCAUCAACACGGGCAAUUGCAAGCUUCGGACGCCAACGAGCGGGUGGAGCAACGCCAGGCGCUACAGUGAUACCCACCGUGUUGUACGAUAGCUACGAAUGACACGACCAUGGAGUUUCUUGUCCUUGCUACCGCGUGUACAAUUUCGCAACGUAGUCCCGUUUCGAGUGCCGGCUGGGAG